GAACAGUUCGCUUUGUUAUAUAGGCAUUAUACAGAAUUAUAAUCCCUCAGUUACGCCGUUUUGUUUGUGAUUUUCGAUCUUAAAGAUUUACUAAGCUUAGUCCUUAAAAGUCCAUACUCUAUUUUUCUUACUCUUGACUCCUGGAAUAAAAAAUGCAAGACGGAAAUAAAGUGAACAAAAAGGUUUCACUGAGCGUUAAUGAAGACGAUGAAAGACGACUACGAAAAAUAUCUCUAUCUUCUUUGGAGAAGCGUCGGAUGACACGAAGAAUGUCAAGAACAACAUUUCUUUCAACAGGAGGGAGUACAAUUGUAGAGAGUUUACCGAAAAAACCAUUAAAGUUAGAGAACACUUAUAGAAUGGCGCCGAAAAUGGAAGAGAAAUUUAGUACAGCUAAAGCAAAGAAGGCACUUCGAGAUGUCAUGCAAAGUUUCCUAGAAGAUAAAACGUACGGAAGAGAUAACGCGAAUAUUGUCAAACAGCUAUCCGAUAUUAUAAAAAACGAGAUGAAAGAAGUAAUUAGUGACAGGCAUAAAAUAGUUUGCUGGUUAGUUUUAGGUGAAAAAUUCUGUCAAAGUUUACAAGGAGGUUCCAAAUGUUUAUGGGAUUCCAAAACUGACAACUACGUAAGCGAAACAUAUUCGAAUAAUAGUUUAUUUGUAAAUGCAACUGUUUACGCUUUAUAUUGUGAAUAAAUGAAGCAAACAAAAUAAGUAUUAUAAAAAAAAAUGUAUACGCAUGGCAAUAGUUAUGUUUCUUACAAAACGAAAUAAGUAAUUAGUAUAUGAAAAAGAAACAAAGAAAGUAAGAGCCGGAUCUAUAGUACUUACACUUUUAAGUUAUAAAUUAUUAGUACUGCAUUAGAUAAAAUAUCCUUAUUUUUAAUACUUCAAGUUACUAUGGGAACACCUCAAAAAAAAAAAUUAUUCAAAAGUUUUAAUAUUGUCUUAGGGCUGUGUUCACAUUAUUUAAACACGUGAAAACGCUUCAGAGCAUUUGCUUAUAAGGCUAAAAAAAGAAAAGCUUAUCAAACGUUACUAGUAACCGUUUUACUUGUGUCGACGCUGAUAUUAGAUAUUUUGCGUAAUGUUGGAAAAAUAAGAUCUGGCCACGAGUUCACUUCUCCUGUAGCUUUCGAAGUUAGAGAGGAUCGUCGAGAUCUAUCCAUGACUGCAGCGGGUACCGGUGGGGGUACUGUCAGAGGAGGUUUUUUCACCCUGAUGAGAUUUGCUACAAGCGGAUUUCGUAUGGCAUAAGUAAAAGGAUGAACUACACUCGCUGUCCAAUUUAUUAAAAUAAGAGUCGAAUCGGCCUUGGGCCCUAUACGAACAUUCAUCAUUUGGCAAAUAGAGGCUAUAAUAAUCGGUGACCUGAGCAACAGCGUCGUUGUUAUCAUAAUUAGAACAGUUCCUGCAGUUCGAACUUCACCUUCAAAUUUUAGAUUUUGUGCUUGAACGGAAGCAGGAGUUAUCUUUGAGACUGACGGUCUUCCUGCCAAUUUGAACAAUUUUCUAAGACUAUAGAGCAUAACAGCAAAUGGAAGAGCAAAAGUGAUGAUGAUAAAGACGCCUCUUAAAAGUUUUACUCUUUCCAAAUUUUGGUUGCCUAAAAGGAGGUAGGAGCAGUGUAUGAAUGGCUGAUGAUGUUUAAUUUUUGCCGAAUUGAUGGCGGAAGGCAUCGAGAAAGUUAAUGAAAUUAUACAGCAGAGGAAGAUGAGCCCAAAGCAGAACUUUUUACUAACCUUUCUUUGUCUAUUUAAUAGGGAUAACCUGUCGAUUCCAAUAAGCGUUACCAUAAAUACACUCAUACUAUCACUGAAAACAGUUGAAACUGCGUUGAACUGACAUGCUACAUCAGGCAAACGGUUCAUACUUAAAGCUGCUAAAGCAAUCGGCAUUGAAAUCGAGCAAUUCAGCAGAUCACAUCCGGCCAAGGCUAAUAUAAAGGCAUUGGUAACACUUCUAAAGCGUAAGUGUUUAAAUAUAGCAAAAAUAACUGCAGAAUUUCCUCCAACUCCCAAAAGAAUUAAAAGGCCAAUAUAUACACCUUGAGAGAUCUUUGACGCCGUAGAAAAAGUUGACGUCGUAGACGUCGUGUUGUUUGACAUGUCGGCGUCAUCUCUGGCGAAGAAUUUUUCACAUACGCACUUUGACGUCAUAGAAACGCGAUUCUAUUGACUCUGCUUGCUAUUUCUAUGACAACCGAUGUAUUAUCUUUACAUAUAUAUUUCUACAAGAUGAA